AUGGCCGGCGACUUUACGACGACGACGCUGAUCCGCGUCGGUGUCGGGCUGGCCGUCGCGACGACCAUGAUAUCCUUUCGGCAGAUGUUCAUCCGGUCCGUCUUCCGCGUGCUUCGGGAACGCCUCGGACGCUCGUCGCUCCUCAGUGACGUCGAACGACACUUCCUCACGUCCAUCUCGAUUGCGCUUGUCCUACUCGCGUGCUUUGUGGGCGUGGUCAUUUCUGGCUACCACAACGAAGUGUCGAUCGUGUUCAAGUAUGCCGCGGGCGUUCCACUCGUCCUCGCGACUCGAGCCACUCGUAUCAUCUUCACCAAGUGGUUGAUCCGGAGCUUGGGAUGGGACAUCUCGUCCCGCAGCGACUACUCGCGGGUGCUCGUCAUCACCGAAGGCCUGGGUAUCGUGGCGUUCUUCGUCAUCUCCAUCGAACUGUUCAUGAUCUACGUCCCGAGCACGUUUAACGAACUGCUCGUGAUUUUCUUUGCCGUAUUGGAAAUCCUGUGCAUUUGCUCGUUCUAUUCGACGGUCAAGAAUGCGGUCAUGGGCUUCUUCCUGCUCUUCACGGAACCGUUCCGGCUUGGCAGCAUGGUCAUCAUCGGCCCGUCCGUAGGGGUCGUCGAGCAGAUCGCGCUGCAUUCCACCAAACUCCGCGCGCAGGACGGCGCCGUCGUGCACAUCCCCAACGGCGUGCUGGCCGACGACGUCCAGCGCAACUUUUCCCACUGCACAUUCCGUCGCCUCAACUUCCUCGUGCACGUCGAUCACGCGACGCCGUUGAACGAGAUGCUCGCGGUCCUCCCGCAUCUCGCCGAGACUCUGGCGCCGUGCGUCAUCCCUCUGGAGAUGCUCCUCGCCCAAGAAGCGUCCCUUCGUCUACAAGAUGAAACCAACGACAAAGCCCCGUCCAAAGCCGCCGACGGCGAUGCUUCCAUGAGCCGGUCGAGCAGCAUGCACUCGCUCCUAGGAAACCUGUGGCAGCCACCGUCCAAACUCCACCGGCAUCCCAGCAGCAGCAGCAGCAGCACCGCCACCACCAGCAGUAUCGCAGAUAGAAGGGACCCGAGCACCAUGUCCACUGACAUCUCCGAGUUUAUGCUCGACGAUCAUCUGCUGCAUGCCCCUUCCCCAUCGACGGCGGAAGCCAAGCCGACGGACCCGCGCCUGCUCCAAGUGACCUUGGGUGGCAUCCAUCGCAUCUGGGUGUCGGCGCUUGUUCCUGGAAACUCAUUCGUGGACGUAGCACGCGCCAAAUCCACGGUGAACCUGGCCAUCAUGCGCUGUCUGGAGCGACAUCGCGUGCGUCUGCAUCAUGCACCCCGACGACGGAUACCACGGUAUGAUUAAAUAAGAAUAAUUUCAUUACGGGCGACAG